UAAUUUAAUACACUCACCCAAAACGUUUCCACUGUAUGUGACUUAUGUGCAAGGUGCAAUGGCAGGGUUUGGCUUAGAAGAAAUUGGCAUCCCAGGAGGUGUGUAUCUUAAGGAGUCACUUACACACUGUACAGAUCCUCUAAAGGCUAUAGAAGAAUUUCAGUUAGAGAAUGGGAUCCUUCUGCCAUCACUGAGACCCAUGUUACAUCUCUUGGAUUUGCACGGGGUUAAGCGACUUGACUUUCACAAUUCUAUCAUGGAGGAACUACGAGAUAAGUUGAUAUCUCAGAUUACUGAGCUGGGGAAGAGAGAAGGGCGAGACAGAGACCGUAAGCUGAAGGAACUACUAACCAAAAAGUUUCCUGUGAUAAAGAUUAAGUCCCGUCCUGUUGUUAUGUGCAUAUUAAAGCAUAUGUCUCAUGUUGAGGACAAAUAUCUCAAGAUACUGGUACGAGAUAGAGAGUUAUACGAGGCCUGUGACACUGAGGUGAAGCGUCAAAUAUGGAAGGACUCGCAGGCACUGUUUGGUGAUGAAGUCUCUCCUCUCUUAACAGGCUACAUCACAAGCAAAGAAGAUACUCUCUUUAAUGUGGAAAAUCUUAAUAAUUUGUUUUUUAGUCCGUCUCCAAAAGCUCGUCGUCAAGGGGAGAUGGUACAGAAACUAGUGCAUAUGAUUGGGAAGAAUGUAAAGUUAUACGACAUGGUCCUUCAGUUUUUACGAACCCUCUUUUUGCGUACGCGAUUCAUUCACUAUUGUUCUUUACGAGCGGAACUUCUUAUGGCAUUACAUGACAAAGAAGUUCAUGAUAUAAUUGCUGUUGAUCCAUGCCAUAAGUUUACUUGGUGUUUGGACGCUUGCAUCAGAGAGGGAAAGGUUGAUGCCAAAAGGUCUCGGGAGCUACAAGGAUUCUUGGACAGUAUCAGGCGUGGGCAGGAGCAAGUUUUAGGGGAUCUAUCAAUGAUUUUGUGUGAUCCCUAUGCUAUCAACUUCUUGGCCAAUUCUGUCAUACGGUUGUUACAACAUCUUAUGAAUAAUGAACUCAUGCCAAGGGAGAAUUCUGUAUUGGUGUUGAUGCUGCGGAUGUUGGCAUUAGGAUUACACAGCUGGGACAUGAUUGAAAGUCAGCUGUUUCGUGAGCCUAAGCUGGACCCUCAAAUUGUAACAAAAUUUUUACCAGCUCUUGUGUCCCUUAUGGUGGAUGAUGAUGUGAGAAGAUUUAAUGCAAAGUUACCACUGGAUGAAAGAGAAUCUGCCAUCACCAUUAUUGAACACUCUGGUCCUCCUCCUGAUGCCUACCAGGCUUACCUCCAGGAGAGUAGUGUAGCCUGUAUAUUAGCCAUGUACUAUACGCUUCACACUGCCACCCGCAAGGACAAGACGGCUCUCAUGCGUGUGUUGGGAACUCUUGCUACCUGUCACCAAGACAGAGCAUUUCAGGACACAUUUCUUCAUUCGCUGGUGGCAGCCUUGAUCCCAAUGGCAGAUGAUUUCACAACUGAAGACUUUUGUACAGUGGUAUUUGAUGAAUUUUUCUUCACAAACAUUAGUCGGGAGAAUGUUAUGCGACAUGUAAUGAAACUUGUGUGGUACAUUCAUCCUAAACUUCCACCUGCACGCCUUGAUACACUCCAGAAAGUUCUUCAACCAGGACCACAUCAGGGAGAAGCAAUCCAGACACUUUACGAGAAGUUCCAAGCAAGAGUGCAGGAGUUCCAAGAUGUGCAGAAUCAACCAGCACCCAUGAAUGAGAUGGACUCCCCACUUAUGGCUGUUCCCACUCCAGCUCCAAUCCAGUAACAUUGUGUCCAAUAAACUGGCAGAACUCAUCUUUUACAAACUUAUUUUGUGUAAAAUAUUUAAAGGUAUGCAGUUACACUGUAUUGGAACUAUUUAUGACAUAAAAUUUUUUUUACAGUA